CAGGCUCAGAAGAACAUCAUGAUGUUUAGAAAUGCUUGAAUAUCUGUCUGCAUAAAUAGGAGGUGCUCUCGUAGUACUGCUGUGUUUGUACUUGUCUGUUAACAGCAAUGGGUUUCAGCCAAGUGGGAUUUGUGGUGCUGUUACUAUUGGCAGUUGGGUUUUCAGCAGCACAACGGCCAGGAUUGAAGGAUGUUCCUGCUGGAUUUCACCCUAACAAGCCAGGUCACCCUUCACUGCAAAUGAGUGCUGGGUUGCCUUCUCAGUGGAUACACAGUGGUCCCCAAAGUGGAAGUCCUGCUAUAGCCCCACUUGGGCUGCAUCUUCAAAAUCCUUCAGAUGCUCAAGGCCAGCCAGUGAAGAAACUGACUUGGCGUUUUCCAGCAGCACCACAAAUCCCAACCCCACCAGCAGCACCACAAAUCCCAACCCCACCAACACCAGUGCACUUAGCAACACCGUCUGAAGUUGCUCCUAUCCAGGGUGUAACAGCAAGGUGCAAUGAGACUGCAGUGUAUGUAGAGGUGAGAAAAGACCUGCUUAGUACCAGUGCACCCCUCAAUAUUGCUGCUCUUACACUGGGAGGUUGUGCUGCCAAAGGGGUGGAUGUUUCUUCUCAAGUCCUUGUCUAUGAAUCCCCAUUGCAUGGCUGCAACAGCAAGUUGACUGUGACUACAAAUGAGCUGGUCUAUAUCUUCAACCUUAGUACUGCUUCGGCUCCUUUAAGUAGUAGUCCCAUUCUAAGAAGUGCUGCUGUUAAGAUUCUCAUUGAGUGUCACUAUCUGAGAUUCCACAAUGUGAGUAGCAGUGCUGUCCUGCCUGCUUGGAUUCCAUAUGCUUCUGCCCAAGCUGCUGAGGAACAUCUUGUUUUCUCCUUGAGGCUCAUGAUGGAUGACUGGAUAUCUGAAAGACCUUCUGACUACUACUACCACCUGGGUGAGCUUAUAAAUAUUGAGGCAUCGGUGGUGCAGUUCAACCAUGUGCCCCUGCGUGUCUUUGUAGACAGCUGUGUGGCCACUGCUGUCCCUGAUAUAAAUGCAGUCCCCAGAUAUUCCUUCAUUGAGAACCAUGGGUGCUUGGUGGAUGCCAAGCUUACGCAGUCCAGUUCCCUCUUCAUGCCCCAAACUCAAGCAGCUAAACUGGGGUUUCAGAUGGAGGCUUUCAAGUUUCAGCACGUGAACAGUAGCUGGGUCUACAUUGCAUGCAUCUUGAAGGCGACAGUAGCAUCUGCCCCUGCUGAUGCUGAGCACAAGGCUUGUUCCUUCUCAGGCAAUAGAUGGACUGCUGCAUAUGGUGCUGACCAGGUAUGCAGUUGUUGCAGCAGCAGCUGUGGUUUGAGGAAGGGACGUGAUCUGUCAUCAGGGCAAGGCUUGCAGCUGGAGAAAGAAGUGAGCCUUGGCCCAAUCAUGGUUCUGGAAAAUGUUUGGUAGUCUAAUGACUGUCUAAAUAAAAUUUUGAAACUUG